AAUUUGCUGUUAGAAGCUAUAUGUGUGUUACAGGACGUGGUGGUGAGUCUAUAAAACUAGUUACAAGUGCUACAGGAGCCAGCGUGGUUUGUUCCAGAGAGAAAAGGCCCAACUCUAGAGGAAUGGGCAGUGUUACCAUCAGAGGUACCAGACAGCAAGUGAAGCAGGCUAAGGAGAUGAUUCUAGAAAGAGUCAGAGAUGAUGCAGUGGUGAGGACAAAGAUCUCCCAAUCAUCUGCCCUUCGCAAGAAACGUGGAAAUCCAGUGGUGAUUCCAGAGGCUUGUAGCACAAAGUCUGAAGCUCCUUUUGGUGUGAACAAUAAUGGUCCUGUUUCCGACAAGAACGGAUUUGUUCAUUCCAGUGAAGCCACAACUGAAUAUGUCUUUGACAAGAUGAAGGAGCCAAAGGACACUGAUGACCUGGAAGAGAAGAGCGUCUCCACUGAGUCCCUCUCUGAACUCUCUAAGUUUGAAAUACCCAGCCCAGACCUGAGCUUCCAACCUGAUGAACACUUAGAGGUUUAUGUGUCAGCAUCAGAAAACCCAAACCACUUCUGGAUCCAGAUCCUGGGUGUUCGCUCCCUCCAGCUAGACAAACUCACAGAGGAGAUGAACAACUUCUACACAAAUGACAACUCAACGGUGAGGAAAGUUGGCCAGGUUCUGAUCGUGAGUGUGUGUAGAUCAGUGGAGACAGUAUGGUGUCUCAUUGGUUUCACUUUGGACCUUACUUUGUGCACUGGUACCCUGUCACGUUGGAACUGGGAGGAACAUCCCAAAACUGUUGCUAGAAAAAAAU